UACUCAGCGUUUACCAAUCCGAAAACAAUAGUUAAAAUAAGAAUGAAUGAAUGCGUAAGCGUGUGUGAGUCACGUGACAUCUGUUGUACUAUGCGUUUUCCCGCCGUCGCCAUUUUACGAGCUUUACGCAUCUGGAUUAUUACAACAAUGUAAACAACGAUUUGAAUCAUUUCCCCAUAUCUGUCAAAAUAGUGAUAAAAUUACAACUAUUAUAAAAGAAAGUGAUAAUUCGCGUACAAUAGGAAAAAGUAAAUUUGCCCUUUUACUCGAUUCUAUUCUCGUGACAGGUAAAUAAUCGAAAUUACGCGCAUCAUCACAUCAAGUGAGUAGCGUCCUAACCUAAAUCAUUUCUUUUCACAACAUUCUAAAAAAUAGAAUAAUUCUCUAAAACUUACCAAAUUUACAUAAGGAAAGAAACGUUGUUUAUUCGGUUAUGUGCGUGAAUUUGUUGAAUGUCAUAAAUUUUCAUGAAGAAUUUCUAGAAAUUCGGUACAAAUUUAAGGUGUGUCAAAUAUGUAAAGACUGGAGUGUCAAUUGCGUCUCUAAACAUGGAAUACGACUCGGAGUCAAGUUAUGAGGGUCGUCUACGAGAUUUAGAAGCACCAGAGGAAAUUCCUAGUCGUCAUCGUAGUCAACAAAAUGAACAAUCACAUCAGAUUGUCGAAUCUGCUUCCUGGCAUCCCCUCGAGAAUGCUACAGCACAACCUAAAGUUCCUUUUGGAAUUGUCAACAGGUCACUUUCAUCCCAGGUAAUGGAAUAUUAUCGCAAGUACUCUCAGAAUUCAAAUUUGGAACAAUAUUUCUCAAUACCCGGCUCGAGUGCAACUUCUGAGGAAAUAAAAUACUACUACAGUCUUUACGAAAUAAAUCCAAAACCCAGUGACAAUGGACAAAAGUACAGAGACUUUAAUUUAAAAACCUGCGUUCCAAAGGAGAGACGUAAAUGGGUGAGACCACCGCUUGUUGGUCAAUCGUCAGGAAACGAUGCAUCUGGAAUGUACGUUCGUCCUCUUGCCGAUCCACAAUCACCGCCUCCACACGACAUAAGUCGAAUCACGCCCGAAACAAUUCCCGAGGAACGAAGUGAAUGUCAAGAAACACCGACAGACGUCACCGAGAGAAAAGUGUCGUCCCCAACGUCAAGUGUCACGUCCCACAAGCCCCUCGAGUGGGACAGUGGAGCGGACGUCGGCUAUUUCGCCAACACACCGAACAAUAAGCAAGACAAUAAAAAAUUGAGUACAAUCGAGAGAAUGGCAUUGGCGAGAGGUUGUUCCGCAGCACUGAGACUCGAUCCCGAAGGAACAACCGAAUCUGGAAAAAUCCAAUCCGGAAGAAUAUCCUCCAAGUCACUGAUGAAACCCGAGGCAAAUUCAACAGCAAUUGUCGAAAAUAUCUCCGGUUCCGAGAGUGAAAUUGAAAUAACUCCCAUUGUCAAGAAUCACUUACCUGGUGUUAUUACGGGAAACGACAUUAAAUCCGACGAGAAAAAAAUUCGAAGGUGUCUCAACGACGAGAAUCAAGCGAAAAAUACCAUUUGUGAUACACCAAAGUCGUCGGGUUUGUUCAAAGUCCCUCUGGGUCCUCUAGGUUCACCGACGAAGACACGGAAAGUAACUCCAGUGAAUUUCGACGCUGACAUGUCUCCCCUCAAGAAAAGUAGUUCCAUGAAUAUCAUUGCAAUGCCAGGCGUGAAGCUCCCACUGAAAAGAAGCCAAAGUGAUCUGAAUCUCCAUCUCGGCGACAAGAACAAAGCCCUGCCUCGACUGAUCUUCAAUUCCACCUCCUCGAUAGCGACCGUCGUCAAUAAACCCAUAACCUGCGACAAAGUAAUUCAAACAACUCUCAACAUCUCCCAGGAGUCAGUCGGCGUUCAAGUCUCCGUCCUCGACGAAGAGCGACCACCGCUACCAAAAAGAGGAACCAGUUUAAAUCAAAAACCCGGAAAUCUCCAAUCAAUUCUCAAAAAUUCACAAAACACUUACAAAAUCCAACGGAACGACACCACCACCCAAACAUCGAAAUCAAAAGAAUCCAAAUCCUCCCAAAGUGAGGAGACAAGAAAUUCCAGUUCAGAAACCGAUUCGUCGACAACGCCUCAACACGACGACACCGUGAACGUUCCCGGUCGAGCCAACAGUUUCGAAUACUUCCCCGGUCACAUCUACGAAAACGUCCCCAACGGCAGCACCAGCCACGUCUCCACAGUCAGCACCGGACGAUCCAAUUCCACAAUGCCCAACACCAGCUCCAGCAUCGACGAGAAACUCUGGGGCGAAUCCGACAGUCUCGUCCGCGACCUCGAGCGAAGCGUCAACAUUCUCAAAAGUCUCGUCGACGCCAACAAAUGCGACAAGACCGUGAAAAAACGUCUCAUCCACCACGUCGUCAAGCGACUAGUCACCGCAAAGUACACCGACGACAAAAUCGAACACAACCUCGAGGAGAACGUCCCCUGGAAUCCGGACGACGCCCGCAAAAAAGUCUACCGCGCCGAAAUCAUUCAAGCCCUCGCCAAGAAGCAAAACACCACCGACUCUUCAGACGACUGGAAAUUCCAAAAGUCGAAAGAAAAAACCGCCACUCGAACCUUGAAGGAAAUAAUCAACCUCGAAAGCAGUGCCAGUGAGAAAUUCCUCCCCAACACCGAACUCGACGGAAGAAAAGCGAGAAUGGGCCUCCGAGUCGAAGACUGCGAUCGAAGUACACCCUCCGAGCAGAACAAAAGCGAAAGUUCCGAGUGCUUCCUCCCCCAGAGGAACUACACCAAAAAUAUGUUCUGUAUCAAGAAAAAAUGCGAUACCACAACGACUAAUAGUUCCCCCGAUCAGAAUCUCAAUCCCGAGCCGAACGACUGGCGACUACCGACCACCGUCUCCGAGAGGAAUUUCGAACUACGAAGAUGCAGCAAUUCAGACUCGGGCGAUUCGAAAUUGGUGAGUUACGCCGAAAUGGAGAAGAAGAACCAACUCAUCUGGAUUACGAACGAAAUCAGUCACUUGUCGAACUUGAAAAAAUUACUCGAACAACCGAAGAAGUUGGAACGGGGAAAAACGUCUCCCAGGAAGACAAAGACUAGAGGGGGUUGUAUCCACACGGAGCAAAAGGGACCGUCGACCAGUGACUGCCUGAAUGAAAAUUGGUCCUCCCAUUGCAACCUGGCUGUAAUUCCAAAGGAGAAGUACAAGAAGACGAGGAAUAGUUUCACUCAAACGGCCAAUGACGUGGGAGAGAGUUUCUCGAAGACUAGCAACGGAGUGAAUGUCACCGAGAGUCAGAUGUCUGCGAAAUCCAUUAAUAUUGGACUUCAGACUUUGCCUUCGCUUUUUUCUUCUGGAGUUUCGUUCGAUUCGUCUGGUCAAACUCUGGAGCAGCGGACGGAUCGGCGAAACGAUUGUCGAAACGAUCGACAAAAUGAUUGUCGAAACGAUCGUCAAAAUGAUUAUCGAAACGAUCAACGAAACGUUCGUCAAAAUGGUCACCGAAACGAUUGUCAAAACGAACAAAGAAACGAUCAGCGAACCGAUCAAAGAAACGUUCGUCAAAACGGUCAUCGAAACGAUUAUCAAGAUCAGCGAAAUGUUCGUCAAAAUUUUCGAAACGAAAAAAAUGUUUGUCACUGUCAUCAUCAUCAUAAUUCGAAAAUUGCCCCCUGUUCGAAAAAUAUCCCCCUGUCGCCGUCGAAACCUCGAGAUCAAAACUUCUACCGUCAGGAUUCAACCGACGAAAUUUGUGAGAAUUUCGCGAUGUUGAAUUUACCACGAAACGGAGACGAGAACUCGAAGCAAAAGGAAACAAAAAACCAUGUCAACGCAUCACGCUCGAAAUUCCCUUGCGAAAAUUCGCAAAAUUGCCGGCAUUCUUCGUUCAAGUCAGAGGAGGAGGAAAUUUCGGAGAAAAGCAAAAAAGAAAAGCAGAAAAUCUGCGAAUAUUGUCAUGGGGAAAAAGUGAACACUUCCCGAUGUGAAAGCGAAGAAAGCGGAGAAAGAGAAAAACUUCAGGACGACGCCUCUUUAUCCGAAUUUAGCCAAAAAUCAUUCAAAAGUCAGCAGAAAACCACCUCUUCGGAAGAUUGCAUCUGCGAUUAUCGUCAAGAUAGAAAAAAAAAUUGUUUCUGUAGUGAGAGGAGGGAAAAUUGUAAUUACCCCCCUCGAGUGGAAUUAUUGCAACGAAAGGAGCAAACGAGACCGUAUUAUUUGACAAAUUCGAAUGAGAAGAAACAAUCGAGAAUUGUUGUUGAGCAAACGAAUAGAAAAUGUCGAUGUGAAAAGGAUUGUGUUUGUUCGGUGAAUGAUGAGAGAUUGAAACAUCGAGAAGAAGAAGAGAAGAGAGAAGAGAGAAGAAAGAGAAGAGAGGGUAAAAAUGACGAAAGACUGAAAAUGACGCCGGAGAAAAGUUGUAAAUGUUGUCGCACUUGUGGGACAAUGUAUCAGAAGAAUCGGAAAUGCGAUUGUAGGAUAAAUUAUCCGAAAGCUGUGGCUUAUGAAUUGACGUUCAUGGAGGAGAGUAGAGAGAGGAAAAAUGUCUCGAAAUCGGAGAACGAGGAGAUUAUUAGGGGAUUGAGGAAGGUUUCGUCGGCGAAUUCUUUGCCGUUUACGGCGAGAUCUGGAACUUGUUCAUGUGAAGAUGGAAAGAAUUUGGCGCAAAAUAAGGAGAAAAAAAUUACACUUCAGGAGUGUUUGGCAUCCAACAAGCCUCGUUUCCUCGACAAUAUCGAGACUCGUCAACAGUAUUUAAAUGAAAUUUCUCAUCUACGCGAAAUGAAAAAAGAAAAACGAGUACAAUUGUUGGCCAUGGCCAGUUCUUCGAGUCUUCUGAAACCAACGAAAUUAACAAAGUCUACAAAUCACGUGCAAAGGAAACUGACGACGGCCGACAUGAAGGAAAGAUUACGUAGAAGAUACAUGAGGCUAAACGAGGUACGAUCAAAGCGAAGGCAACUGGAAAAACAAGAAGAAUUUCGUCGCAAUAAUCUGAUGGCCAAAAUAUUUGGCAAAAAACUGCAGCAAAAAGUAUUGCAGGGCCAAGUCGAUUUGUCGCAAAGUGUAAGCGUCAUCUCAAAUCUAUAGUAAUAGUAAUAGUAGUAUAGUAACAAUAGUAGCAGUACCAGUAGCAAAAAUAUUUAUAUUACAGAUACAUAGAUAUAUAUAGUAUAUAUUCUAGAUGAAAAAAAUGCCUUGCGAUUGAACAAAAUUUUAUUUGCAACGACGAAUAAUUCGGAAUUUAUUUAUUAUAUUAUUACAAAAAGAAAAAAAGAAUUUUCAAUUCCGAAUAUUAUACGUCAUUGCUCUCUAAUUUUGACUAUUUUUAUAAAAAAAAAUUUAAUAUUCGAUGAAAAAAAAUCUCCACUACACAAUUAGUAUUAUCGGCAAAGAAAAAAAGUAGUCUUUAGGAGAUUAUUCUAUUCCAAGAAUAUAAGUUAAGCAAAAAAAAAGGCUAAUCAAUUUCCUGGUCAAUUACACGCUGUUAAAAAUAAUCGUUACGUGUAAGUGUCGAACCAGUGACUUUGAACAAUACGCAAAACACCUAAAUUGACUCCACAAUCUGUAUUAUUAUUAUAUCUAGAGUAAUAAUUAGUUAGAAGUAUUCGCGAGAUUUCACUUCGCAAUUAUAAUGUACAUAGAGAUUAGUAUUUGUUUAUGAACCCACCCAAGUUCAAAGAUAUAAAAAAAAGGAAAGUACAAUUUGUAUGAGAUUAUGAGAUUCGUUCAGAGAAAUCGAAUUCCAAGUAUUUAAAAAAGAAAAUGUUCUCUCUAUUUAAAGAGUAUUUUAAUUAUUUUGGCAAUUUUUAAAAAUUUAGAUUUAUAUUCUUUGCGAGCAGUUUUGUGCUUAAAUUAAUAAAUUCAAACCCCAGUGAAAUAGAAUUUUAUGACUUCAAUGACUUCAAUUAUUGAAUAAUUGUUUAUUACUCAAUAGAAAACAGAAAAAAAAAAUUGUAAGCAAUAGAUUUAUCAGAAAUUAUUUAGCAAAAAAUAGCAAUUUAGCAAAAAAAAAUAUCGACGAAUGAAAUUAAAAAAUUGUUCACUAGAAGACAGUAGUUUAGUACCUGAGAAAAUUUGGAUAUUUUUUAAUUAAUUUAAAUAUUUUAAUUAAAAGUUUUACUUAAUUUUAAGUUUUUCUUUUUGACUUUGAAUGAAACAUUUUAUACUAGAAGUUUAACAAGUUUUGUGUUCUUUUUGUUUUGACGUCAAAAUAUAGUUGAAUAAAAGAGAAUAUUUGUAUCGCAA